CGACAUGAGAAAGUCGCAGUUAAUCAUUUCUCUUCAUUACAAAGCCAGCAUGUUGAACAGCUUAACUUGUGGACAUUGAAAGGGUGAAACCAUUAAUUCUACGAGAUGGUCGAGUUGUGGAUUACGUCUUCAUCACUCCUCGCUGGAGCGUACGUUGCCUGGAAAGGUUACUGUUGGUUUCGACGCAAACCAAAGCAAGUUGUACGAUGGGAGGUUAUUCCCCCUGUAACCACACAAGGCAUGUCACGUGACAGUAGCAGAAAGUCCUCAACCACCGACUCGAAGUCAUCCUGUCACAGAGAUGGAUUCUCGGAUCCCUUCUUCAGUUUCAGAAGUUCAACACCCAGGUCGACAUGGUGCAAAAGAUCUCAUUCCAUUAAACAUCAAGCAAACAGAUCCGAUUUGAACAAGAACUCUCCAGGAAGGAUCUUGUGCCAAGUGCCAACUAUAAUUAAGUCAGAUCCAACUCUGGCUUCAGGGGAACCAUUCAAAGAGACGAAGCAUGGAUUGUUGAUGGAGGAGGACUUCAGGGACAUGUACGAGAUCCUGUGUCAAGUUGGGAGGGGUACCUUCGGCUCGGUGUACAAAGCGAUGAAGCUGGACACACUAGAUGUUGUGGCCGUAAAACGAGUGAGGCAUGAAGGUGAUGUAGACUUUGCUUUGACAGAGGUGGAUAUACUCAAAUCACUACAGAACUGUCCCAACAUCGUUCGUCUAUUGGACUGCUUUCACCUCGAGUCUGAGAUAAUCAUCAUCAUGAACCUAGCCUCUGGUAGCCUCAAAGAUGUAGAUAUUGUACACAGAGAUUCUGAGUAUAUCAUGAGCCUUUUUCUGGACAUCCAGACGGCGGUAGGCUUUCUCCACGACAACAUGAUCGCCCACAGAGACUUGAAACCUGCAAACAUCCUAAUAGAAGGAAACAUGGCAAUCCUCGCUGAUUUCGGCUGCGCAAAGAACGUCCGGGGGGUUUGCGGAAUGGAGAUGUAUGUGACGAGCACUGCAGGAACAUAUGCCUAUAUGGCACCCGAGGUUCUCAGCAAUGUUUGCCAGUAUUCUGCCAUCAAGGCUGACGUGUGGUCCCUCGGUUGUAUAAUCUACUAUCUGCUGACGGGGGAAGAUCUAUAUAUCGGCGAGUGUGCGGAGUUCACCGUCGUGGAGCACGCUGAAACAGCGGUGGAGUUGCCUGAGUUUGUAGAGACCAGUGCCAUCACCUCUAGUCUGGCUGACAGUAUGAAGGCAGCCCUACAGUACGAUCCCACAAACCGCCCUCCUGCUUUAAUGCUGUGAAGUUUGGACACGAUACCAUAUACCGGUCCUGCUACAACAUUCAAGCAUCGA